ACAAAGGAAAGAUACCAACAAAGCACCAACGAAAAGGAAAGCUUAGUUGAAAAAAAAAAAAAAAAAAAACCUUGAAAAAACCCCCAAAGGAGAUAAAAGGAGGGUCAGCAAGCGCACACACACAACCCCCCACAAAGGCGUGGCAGAAAAAAAAAAAAAAAAAAAAAAAAAAAAAAAACUACCAAAGUGAAAGAGAUUUUGAAGAGAAAGAAAGAGAGAUAAAGAUCAAGUCUCCUAUAUAUUGCUGACUGCUGAGAUCUCGGCGUUUUCUCUUUAUCAUCACAAGUUCACAAUCACAAACCAAAACCAUCCAUCGUUUUAUCAAACCAAUAAGAAGAUGAUGUGUGGGAAGAAAGAAGACCAAGCAGAGUGUUCACAGGCCAUUAAUCAAAACAUACAAAGCUUCCAAGAACAGUUUCUUCUUCACCAACAGAUGAAUCAUCAACAACAACAAGGCUUGAUUUUCCCAUCAGAAGUCUCUCCAAUCCUCCAACCCUGGUCUCUUCCUCCGGUCCACGCCUUCAACCCGACCCACUUCGGCCCAAACCCGGUCCGAGACCACGACCCUUUUCUCGUCCCUCCCCCACCAUCUCCAUACGCAAGUCUGUUCAACAGAAGAUCAGCAACUCCUCUGCAGUUCGCUUACGACCAUCAUCAUCAUGGGCCGUCGUCGGACCACCUCAGAAUCUUGUCCGACGCCAUUGGGCCGGCGGGUCAGCCCGGUUCGGGGCCUUUUGGACUCCAAGCCGAGCUGGGAAAAAUGACUGCUCAAGAGAUCAUGGACGCCAAGGCUCUUGCGGCUUCUAAGAGCCACAGCGAGGCCGAGAGGAGAAGAAGAGAGAGAAUCAAUAAUCAUCUUGCCAAGUUGCGAAGUUUAUUGCCCAGCACCACCAAAACAGACAAAGCUUCUUUACUCGCAGAAGUGAUACAACAUGUGAAAGAGCUGAAACGCCAAACUUCUCUAAUAGCCGAAACAAGUCCAGUCCCGACGGAGAUGGAUGAACUCACCGUCGACGACGCAUCGGAUGAGGAAGGCCGGUUCGUGAUAAAGGCCUCGCUUUGCUGCGAAGACCGGUCCGAUCUCAUCCCGGACCUCAUCAAGACCUUGAAAGCCUUACGCUUGAGAACACUCAAGGCUGAAAUAACAACUCUAGGCGGACGUGUGAAGAACGUUUUGUUCAUCACCGGCGACGAAGAUUCGAGCAGCGGCGACGAAGAUCAACAGGGUGAUCAUGAUCAUGAUCAUCAUAAUCAGCAGGCGCAGUAUUGUAUAAGUUCGAUACAGGAAGCACUUAAGGCAGUGAUAGAGAAGAAGGGUGGUGAUCAUCAGGAUUCUUCCAAUGGGAGUGUUAAGAGGCAAAGGACCACUAAUAACAUCAAUAUAUAUCCUUGAAACGUCAAUUACAAGUACACAUGAUGAUGAUCAGGUCUGAUCUCCUAGCUCCAUCCAAGAUUGUAUAUUCACUCGCUAUAAAG